UCUCAGUAACUUCCUUCCUGUUCUAACUGCCAGUGCUCAGAAGUCAGAGUUGAGAGACAGAGGCACCCCGGACAGAGGGACAGAGACGGGAACCACUGAAUAUCAAAAUGACUGAAAAGGCCCCAGAACCACACCUGGAGGAGGAGGAUGAUGAGCUGGACGGGAAGCUCAAUUAUAAGCCUCCACCUCAGAAGUCCCUAAAAGAGCUGCAGGAGAUGGACAAAGAUGAUGAAAGUCUAACUAAGUACAAGAAAACGCUCCUGGGGGAUGGUCCUGUGGUAGCAGACCCAACAGCCCCUAAUGUCACGGUCACCCGCCUUACCCUGGUUUGUGAGAGUGCUCCAGGACCAAUCACCAUGGACCUCACUGGGGAUCUCGAAGCCCUCAAAAAAGAAACUUUUGUGCUAAAGGAAGGUGUUGAGUACAGAGUGAAAAUUCACUUCAAAGUGAACAGAGAUAUUGUGUCGGGCCUGAAGUAUGUUCAGCACACCUACCGGACUGGGGUGAAAGUGGAUAAAGCCACAUUUAUGGUUGGCAGCUACGGGCCUCGGCCAGAAGAGUAUGAGUUCCUGACUCCAAUUGAGGAAGCUCCCAAAGGCAUGCUAGCCCGAGGCACCUACCACAAUAAGUCCUUCUUCACCGAUGAUGACAAGCACGACCACCUCACCUGGGAGUGGAACCUGUCCAUUAAGAAGGAGUGGACAGAAUGAGCACAUCUAUCCUCCCCUGUCACGCCCUGUCACCUGGAAGAACCCUCUCCGUCGUGUUCACAGCCCCAUCUCUCCUCCCUGAUCACAGCUGGGCCUCUUCCCCAACACCCCUCACAUCAUCUUACUGAUGCAUCUUCUCCCACACAGUCUCUCAGAGUGGUCCCCGGCACUGGAUGCUUAAACCCCAGGGUUUAAUCCUGCCCACUCCUCUGAUCCUCCAUCAUAGCCAGAUCUGCGAAGUUCUGUUCCUCAAUACACGAUCAUUUAAUAUUUCUCCUCUUAUUCCCAUUUGAGGAACUAGAGUCCAGGAAAUGGGUAAACAAUCACUAACUACCCUUUUGCUUUGGGUUCCAGUGCUCAUUCCCACCCCUGGAUUCUCCUGUGGUUACUGCUGGCUCAGUAAAUGUCCCUAGCCACAUUCCUUGCCACUUGGGUUCUUCUUUUCUGGGAGACACUUAAACAGCUCAAGAGAGUGAGAAUAAAGCAAUUGUAUGACCUGAGACCCUCACUGCCCUGCUUUC